AUGGCCGCCAGGAAGCUUCUUUUACUCUCUCAAUAUUCGUCUGCUCAUCUGCGUUCAAUCGGCCGAAGUCGUGGCUGGACAAGAGGCAUUGGCUCGUAUAGCAGCUCUUCUGUGGUAGACGAACCAGUCACUCCGUCUGUUAAGAUAACCGACACUCAGCUUCUCAUAAAUGGGAAGUUUGUAGAUGCUGCAUCAGGAAAAACUUUCCCCACCCUUGAUCCUAGGACAGGAGACGUGAUCACCCAUGUCGCAGAGGGCGAUGCAGAGGAUGUUAACCGCGCGGUUGCUGCUGCUCGUAAGGCAUUUGAUGAGGGACCAUGGCCAAGGAUGACUGCCUAUGAAAGGUCGCGCAUACUUCUUCGGUUUGCGGAUCUACUCGAGAAGCAUAUUGAUGAUCUCGCAGCAAUUGAGACUUGGGAUAAUGGAAAGCCCUACAAACAGGCCGCAGAAGAUGAAAUUCCCGGCUUCAUAAGAUUGAUGCGUUAUUAUGCUGGUUGGGCAGAUAAAAUCCACGGUCUCACCGUCCCAGUAGAUGGAAAGUAUCAUGUCCAAACCCUGCAUGAACCUAUCGGUGUGGCAGGGCAGAUCAUCCCAUGGAACUUUCCGCUGCUAAUGUUCGCUUGGAAGAUCGGGCCUGCAUUAGCAUGUGGCAACACAGUGGUGCUAAAGACUGCCGAGCUGACACCACUCUCUGCUCUGUAUGCGACAAGGUUACUCCAUGAAGCUGGACUUCCUCCGGGUGUCUUGAACAUUAUCUCUGGCUUCGGUCGGACUGCUGGGAGUGCUCUUUGUAGUCAUAUGGAUGUGAACAAGCUUGCGUUCACCGGAUCAACAGAAACCGGUAGAACUGUACUUGAUCUGGCUGCAAAAAGCAAUCUAAAACCAGUGACUUUAGAACUGGGAGGAAAAUCCCCUUUCAUUGUCUGUGAGGAUGCUGACAUUGAUAAGGCUGUGGAGUUGGCACAUUUUGCCCUCUUCUUCAACCAGGGUCAAUGCUGUGUUGCUGGUUCUCGCACUUUUGUGCACGAGAGCGUGUAUGAUGAAUUUGUGGAGAAAGCAAGGGCACGGGCUAUGAAACGUGUUGUUGGAGAUCCUUUCAAGCCUGGAGUGGAGCAGGGUCCUCAGAUUGACAUCAAGCAAUUCGAGAAGAUUCGCACAUACAUCAAGUCUGGUAUUGAAAGUGGAGCCACUCUUGAAUGUGGAGGUGAACAAUAUGGCUCGAAAGGAUUUUUCGUUCAACCUACAGUUUUUUCAAAUGUGCAGGAUAACAUGCUGAUAGCAAAAGAUGAAAUCUUUGGCCCGGUGCAGACCAUCUCAAAAUUCAAGGAUCUUGAUGAGGUGAUCAGAAGGGCGAAUAAAUCUCGUUAUGGACUCGCUGCUGGAGUUUUCACUCAGAAUAUUGACACCGCCAACACUUUAGCCCGUGCAUUGCAGGCUGGUUCAGUGUGUAUUAACUGCUACCAUGUUUUUGAUGCUGCAAUUCCUUUCGGAGGUUACAAGAUGAGUGGAAUUGGGAGAGAAAAGGGAGUGUACGGUCUCAAUAACUACUUGCAAGUUAAGGCUGUCGUAAAUCCAUUGAAGAACCCCGCAUGGUUAUAA